GGCAUGAGAGACACAGCACCCCAGCUCUGCUGGAGAGUCUCCUCGGAAUGGUCACAGAUAAAAUGCUGGCCGUGCACUUUGACCAGCCAGGGGGCCCUGAAGUCCUCUGCCUCAAGGAGGUGGCCAGGCCGAGCCCAGCAGAGGGGGAGGUCCUGCUGGAGGUGGCGGCCAGCGCCCUGAACCGGGCGGACCUGAUCCAGAGACAGGGCCAGUAUGCCCCACCCCCAGGAGCCAGCAACAUUUUGGGACUCGAGGCCUCUGGACACGUGGCAGAGCUGGGGCCCGGCUGCCGAGGACCCUGGAAGAUUGGGGACCCCGCCAUGGCUCUGCUGCCUGGCGGGGGCCAGGCCCAGUAUGUCACCGUCCCCGAAGGGCUCCUCAUGCCCGUGCCCGAGGGCCUGACCCUGACAGAAGCUGCGGCCAUCCCAGAGGCCUGGCUGACCGCCUUCCAGCUGCUGCACUGUGUGGGAGGCGUCAAGGAGGGGGAGACAGUCCUUAUUCACGCCGGCACUGGGGGUGUGGGCACAGCGGCCAUCCAGCUGACCAGGCUGUUCAAAGCCAUCCCUCUAGUGACCACGAGCCCCAAGGAGAAAAUCGAGAUGGCCAAGCGGCUGGGUGCAGAGACGGGCUUCGACUACAAAAAGGAGGACUUCUCUGAGGAGGCGCUGAAGACCACACAGGGUGUGGGCGUCAACGUGAUCCUGGACUGCAUCGGUGGCUCUUACUGGGAGAAGAACAUCAACUGUCUGGCCGCAGAUGGUCGCUGGGUUCUCUACGGCCUCAUGGGGGGAGAAGAUGUCCGCGGGCCUUUGCUUUCCAAGCUGCUGUGGAAGCGAGCCAGCCUGAGGGCCAGCUUGCUGAGGCUGAGGGACAGGAAGUACAAGGAAGGGCUGGUGGAAGAGUUCACAGAGACGGUCAUCUCUCACUUCUCUCCCGGGAGCGCCGUGCAGCUGAGGCCGGUCGUGGAUCGGGUGUUCCCCAUGGCUGAGAUCCAGAAGGCCCACAUGCGCAUGGAGGCCAACCAGAACGUGGGCAAAAUCAUCCUGGAGAUGCCCUGACACAAGCAUCACAGGGCUGGUGGAGGGAGCCCCAGGGCCCAUGCGACUGACAGAUUGACAGACUGACGGGGUUACGUGGUUAUGGGAGGAUCACGCUACUUCCCAACACUGUUGAAUGAAUUAACCUCAGAAACAGGAGCACUGGGGCCAAAUGGUGGUGCACCUGGUUGAACACAUAUGUUACAAUGCACAAGGACCCAGGUUCGAGCCCCCGGUCCCCACCUGCAGGGGGAAAGCUUUGCCUGUGGUGAAGCAGGACGGCAGGUGUCUCUCUCUCCUUCUCUAUCUCCCCCUUCCCUCUCGAUUUCUGACUGUCUCUAUCCAAUAAAUAAAUAAAUAUAAUAAUAAUAAACCAGGAGCACUUUGGGGCCAGUGAAAUAGCUCACUUGGAUAGCUUGCUGCUUAGGCCACAGGCAUGACCCAGGCUCCAGCCCGGCCCCACGCAUUGAAGGAAGCUUAGGUGGUCUUUCACUGUGUCUCUGUCCAAAAUAAAUACUAAACUAAGAAAUAUGAACACUCUGUUGCCUAUGCGAUACUUCGCAAUGGGGGAAGUCCCUUCUAGACCAUACUAUGUAAGCUACUAAGUGUUCAUUUAACAUGGCCCACUUGUCUGGUGACAGUCCCCCCCCCCCUUAGGAUGAUAUCCUGGGAUUGCUAGGUGAUGGAUAUGAGGAAAGGAACUGAAUCUGCCCCACCUAGAGCUU